AUGGAGUUUUUCAACCCUGCUACUAACAACAAGAACAUAACCUUUGUGCGCCCUCCUUAUUUCCUUAUCACAGGUUUAUCAGGCAUCUCCAACAUCAAGCAUUACUAUGUUUUUCUGUUUAUCGUCUACAUUGUCUCUGUGAUUGGUAACUCUUUUGUGAUGGCAGUCAUAGUCUUGGAUCAUAACUUAAGAACUCCAAAGUACAUUGCUGUUUUUAACAUGGCUUUUGUCGAUCUAUUGGGGAACACCGCUCUUGUGCCAAAGCUCCUGGAUAUUUUCUUAUUCAACCGACCAUAUAUUCGCUACAACGACUGCAUGACUUAUUUAUUUUUCUGCUACACCUGUCUCUCAAUGCAGUCAUUUAACUUGGCUGCUCUUGCUUAUGACAGACUGAUGGCCAUAAGCUACCCACUGCACUACCAAGUUAAGGUCACUACUACAUUUAUGCUUUGUUUGAUAGGAUUUCUUUGGCUGUUCAUCAUACUUGCUGUUCUAAUCGCCGUCGGACUCAUUACAAGACUUUCUUUUUGUCAGUCUGUUGUUAUAAACAGCUAUUUUUGUGAUCAUGGGCAAAUUUAUAGACUUUCUUGCAAUGACCACUUUCCGAAUUACGUUGUGAGCUGCUUAUAUCCCAUACUAAUAUUUUGGCUUCCACUUGCAUUCAUUUUAUUUAGCUACGUAUACAUUGUUUUUACACUGGCUAAUGUUGCAACUGUGCGUGAAGGGCUCAGAGCAUUGAAAACAUGUAUUGGUCACCUGUUACUAGUUGCAAUUUAUUUUAUUCCAUUACUGAUCGUGUUUACAUUAAUGGAGAAAAUACAGCCAAAUGCAAGAAUUAUAAACCUCUCUAUGACUUCAGUCUUCCCUCCGAUGUUGAACCCCAUCAUUUAUGUGCUGCAAACCCAGGAAAUCAAAGACUCGGUAAAGAGAUUGUUACAUAUGCGCAGAAAGUCUAAAAUAGAAGUAAGGAAUAUGACUACAGUUAGGGCUAAAUGUGAAUGCAACUAA